GUUCCCGCACGUCCACUGGGCUCCCACUCUGACGUCAGCCCGGAGCUUCCAUUUAAGGCCCCGCCCGCGCGCAGCCCAGAGUGCUGGAGCCUGUGUCUGUGUCGCCCAUACCAGACCACGCGGCUGUUCGCCCGACGCUGCUCAUCGUGCAUUAGCGGUCCCAAAAAGUUCAAAGUCCAAGAUGGCAACACUCAAGGACCAGCUGAUUGUGAAUCUACUUAAGGAAGAACAGACCCCCCAGAACAAGAUUACGAUUGUUGGGGUUGGUGCUGUUGGCAUGGCUUGUGCCAUCAGUAUCCUCAUGAAGGACUUAGCAGAUGAGCUUGCCCUUGUUGAUGUCAUGGAAGACAAGCUGAAGGGGGAAAUGAUGGAUCUCCAGCAUGGCAGCCUUUUCCUCAGAACACCAAAAAUUGUCUCUGGCAAAGACUAUAGUGUGACAGCAAACUCCAAGCUGGUCAUUGUCACAGCGGGGGCCCGUCAGCAAGAGGGAGAGAGCCGACUCAAUCUGGUCCAGCGAAACGUGAACAUCUUCAAGUUCAUCAUUCCCAACGUUGUGAAAUACAGUCCAGACUGCAAGCUGCUUAUUGUUUCAAACCCAGUGGAUAUCUUGACCUACGUGGCUUGGAAAAUAAGUGGCUUUCCCAAAAACCGAGUUAUUGGGAGUGGCUGCAAUUUGGAUUCUGCUCGAUUCCGUUAUCUGAUGGGAGAAAGGUUGGGUGUUCACCCACUAAGCUGUCAUGGAUGGGUCCUAGGGGAGCAUGGAGACUCCAGUGUGCCUGUGUGGAGUGGAGUGAAUGUAGCUGGUGUCUCCCUGAAGAAUCUGAAUCCAGAGCUGGGCACUGAUACCGACAAGGAGCAGUGGAAUGAGGUUCACAAGCAGGUGGUUGACAGUGCCUAUGAGGUGAUCAAACUGAAGGGUUAUACAUCCUGGGCCAUUGGUCUGUCUGUGGCUGACUUGGCCGAGAGCAUAAUGAAGAAUCUUAGGCGGGUGCAUCCCAUUUCUACCAUGAUUAAGGGUCUCUAUGGAAUCAAGGAUGAUGUCUUCCUCAGUGUCCCUUGUGUCCUGGGACAAAAUGGAAUCUCCGAUGUUGUGAAGGUGACUCUAACUUCUGAAGAGGAGGCCCGCUUGAAGAAGAGUGCAGAUACACUAUGGGGGAUCCAGAAAGAGCUGCAGUUCUGAAGUCCUCAGAUACCCUAGUGCUUCACUGUCCAGGCUGCAGCAGGGUUUCUAUGGAGACCACACACAUCUAUCUACUCAUCUGAGCUGUAGUUAGUGUGGUUAUGUUAAGGUAGCCUGGAGAAAUCCUCACUUCCCACAGCUCUACCCUGAUGCUAAGUGGUACUUGUGUAGCGGUGACCUCGUUGGUGCGACAGUCCCACUGUCUCCAAAACACACUGCCAAUUAUCUGCAGGCUUCAAUUAGCCGUUAGCCUGUGUCUGCUCUGCACCCUUUACCAAACUUGCCUAGGCCAAUGAGUUCCCAGUUAGUCACAACCUGGCUCCAGUGUGUAAGUCCAUCAUGCAUAUCUUGUGCAUAACUGUUCUAAAGGAUAUUAUUUUGUGUAUUAUGUUUCUGUGGUGUACUUUGAAAUAUUGUAUAAGAAAUAAGAUCUGCAUAUGGAUGAUGCAACCAACUACCCAAGUGUCAUGCCAAUGAAAACACCAAAUAAACCUUGAACGGUGA